UCUGACUCCCCAUAAGCGAAGUUUAGGGAUCAUCCACAUUUUCAAAAGAGUAAAAGAGAUACCCUUUUCUGUAACCCCCUUCUCUUUCCGCCUAAAAAUACAUAUAAAAACCAGGAUUUUUGUCAUUUUGAGAUCAUCGGUUAUUCUGAGCAUUCUGAGGAAUUUUAUGGUUUCAACCUAUAGAAUUGAUGAUCUUCUUAUUUUUUUCAUUUUCAUAAAAGAAUACAAUACAAAGGCUAUGUUUUUUUAUUAUAAGGUUCACUUGUUUAGUUGGUCCAAAGGAAACAUUAAUAUCCUAACUCCCAGAUUCUGGCAUAAAGCACAAUCUUAGAAAAAUUAGAGAGAAGAGAACAAGUUAGCACUAGACGUAUAUUGCAAGUAGCAAGAAUAUUGGGAAGAUGGAUUUAUGGAGGAUAUUAGUUUUGGUUGUAGCUUCUGUUGGGCUUUCAGCUGGUCAAGUAAGUCUCCAACCGUCAGGGCCCACCAUACUCCAACCUGUUGGACUUGGAGUCACAGUGUACUGUGUGUUUCAAGGCAUUGGUUCCUUUCAGCCUACAUGGAGGGAUCCACAAAAUAAUGAAAUAACUCCAAGUGGUGGUCUCAUUAGUGUGACAUACAUAUCGUCUACAAACAGCAAGUUAGAAAUUUCCAGUCUUCGGGAAUCAGACACAGGAGUUUAUGUAUGCGAUUCACCUGGUGGACAGAAAUCGAUUGCUAUCACAGCAUACAAAACGGUGGAAUUUACAAAUACCCCCUCUGAACAAUCGUUUGAGAUAUACACUGAUGCACGGGUAAUUUGCGAACCGACAUCAAUUCCAACGUCUACCUACGAAUGGAAAUUUGGCACAAAAAACAUUGAAGCAGCAAGUGAUCAAAAAUACACGAUUGAAAGCCUUAAGUACCUACAGAUUAACAACAUAAGCAGUCAAGAUGGGGGAGUGUACACUUGUCAGGCUACUGUAUUAGGUGGAAAUUAUGAAACAAAUAGUAGACACAUAGCAGUACAAGUACUUGUGCCUCCCAAAAUCACUCUAGGGCCGCAAGACUUCAAAGGUAUUCUCGGCAAAAAUGCCCAAUUCAAGUGCAUAGCUAUUGGAGACCCUCAGCCAGUAUACACUUGGAAAAAAAACAAUGUUGAGAUUGUAUACGGAAAUCACUUUUCCAUCCAAAAUGGCGGUCAGUUGCUAGUGAUAAAUAAUUUGCAAAGUGACGAUUUUGGCUCGUACAAGUGUGUCGCAAGUGUUGCUGGUCUUCCAAAUAAGGACGCCGAGUAUUCUGCGAUCCUAAGUGAACUCAUUCCCCCGACCGUUCAAGAGGAUGUUGAAGUGACUAUUGAAAAUGGGAAAGUUACCUCAACAUGCAGUCAACAUAGUACUGUUGUCAUCAUUUCAAUGGUCAUACUUACGGUUCCAUAAUGAACACGACAUCAGCAUUACUGCAGAUAAUGUACUGUAACAAGCUUGCCAAGGAAAAAAUAAACUUCUAUGCAAUGUAUUCAUGGCUUCUAUGAUUUGAUUUUGCUUGGUAUACUAUGCUCUUUAAAAUUAUGCAAAUAACAAGCAAUAGCAUUAAAUUACUGAAUUGAUGUUUAUUUUUACAAGUAUGUACAAUAUAUAUAAAAUUACGUUUAACAUACACUAAGAAAUUAAAGCUGGGCAGUCGAUGCGCCGUGCGACGGUUGUACGGGUGUCGGCCGACGAAUCCAACCUCGCUCCCUGUGAGCGCUUGACGACUUGACACCGUUUGCUAAUUGUCGGUGGCAGUCUGAAUGGAUUGUCAAUAAAUGCGAUCCGUUGAGCGCACGUCGUGUCAUUGCGUUCCCUACGGAAUCGCGUUGGCUGACAACCGUCGGGCACAAUGAGUGCAUAACUUUAGACAAUGGAACAUUUUAAAAAAAUAUCAGAAAAGCA